AUGUCGAGCAUAUACCAUCUUGCAAAAUUUGAGAUUAACGAUUAUGCAAAUAUACAUGAGGCUGGCAAGGAAUCAGACCGUGAAGGUUAUAUAUGUGAAGAAGAUGAUUUAGAGGGGCAUCCAUCCUGGGAGACUUGUUUUCAUGAAUUUAUUGAGGCUCUUAGGAAACCAAAAUUUCAAGUGCUGGAAUCAGAAUAUAACUUAUCAAGGAGGCUAUCUCAAAUGGAAAAUGAUUUUAAUUCAGCAGUGGAGCUUCUUAAUCAUGCUAGCAUAAUGCUGAGACUUUUGACAUUUGCGUCAGCAAAGGAACAGCUAAAUUAUGUUUCUGUAUGGUACAAGGUGUUCUCUGUUUGUACUCAAGAGUUGAAGCAUGGUACCUGGCUUUGGAAGCAGAUAUCAGAUAAAGAUGCUCAGAGUUACGUGUUCUCCAAUACUAGAGGAAGACAAUACAUUCUGGGACUUGUUGAGAUUUACAAGGUGGCUGUAGUGCUUGGAGCUUCAGUCAAGCUUUACCAACCAUGGACCUGGUUAAAUUCUGUUGAUUUCACAGGCAUCUAUUCACUUCUAGAUGAAUGCCAUGCUCUUUGGUCUAAAUUGGGACUUGAGCAAGCUAUCUUGAAUACAUCAGAUCCAGCAUCUACUGUCACCAUCAGAUUGAGUCUGGACAAUAUCAAGUCUAUUCAUGAUCUUGAUGCAUUUUCCCUUCAAGACCAUAUUUUCAGUCAGAAAGAAGUUAUUUGUCGACUGUCACUCCUAACUUCAGAAGUGGUAAAUGGUAUGAAGCUUGUUAUCUGGAAUGGAGAGCACUACUUUGUCACACUUGCAAAUCUCUGGGCAAAUCUUAUAACCAAUGAUCCUCCAGAGUUGCCACAUUUAAGUUUUGGAUGGUAGAGUAGUGUUCCAAACAGUGGUUUGCUUCAAGGAAGAUAAGUGAAGACUGAUGUAAAUACGGUCCAAGACUGCACACCUAGCCCGGAUACAAGAAGCAGUUGCAGUAUGGCUUUGCUGUUUGAAAUCCCUUGAUUUGGUGGACGGACUUACAAGCACAGCAUUUAAUAUCAGUGAGAGAUAAAUAGGUAUAGAUAUUAUAUUAUAUUGGUCAUUCUUUUUCCCCAUAAUAUGUAAAUUAGUAAUUUUGAUGUCUAGGUGGGAUCAGAUAUUCAGCCCAUGUAACUAGAAAAUAGGAUUAGGAUUAUUUGGAAAAUGAUGACAGAAAGCAUGCAUUCUUUCAAUGUU